UCAGGAACUCACUCGAUUUCUUCACUCUCUUCAUUCAAAAUUUCCCAUGUAAAGUUCAAUAAUCAUUUCUAUGAAUGUAAAAAUUAAAUCAGGUUUAUCCAGAUAUUAUUAUUGUCUGGACAUUGAAUAGUCGAUUGCAAUGGCGUCGCCUCAACCUUGAAGUCUCCUGUUGACAUUCAAUAGGAGUGAGGGCAACACUUUUAUCCAUUACCCUCCGCGUCUGCACGUGCAUUUGAACCUGUUCUGUUCUCUAAUUUGCAUUUGCAAUUAAAUGUCAGGACACUCACGAGAGAGUUCCCCCCGAGAUGAAUCGAUAAUUAAUAUAAAUUAAAAAUCGUUAGUUAUUGUGGGGCGGAUUAGAUAUAGAGGAUGGCGAGCUCCGAGGAAUCUCCGAAAGAAACCCCAGGAAACACCGAGGAGGACCUCAGGAUCUUCGAGACUCUCUGUAUCUCUUCACCAGAUAAGUUGGAGCAGGAAGAUAUGAGCCACGAUGUCACGACGUGCCUGAAGAGCGAAUUGGCGGUACUGGAGUACAAACGAGAUCGACUUUCAGCCGAAUUGGAAGAGAUGAAGUCCACGGUGAGAUGCAAGGACUCUAGGUUCCUGGAGUUACAGGUGGAGGCUGAUCAGCUGAGGGAACAGGCUGCCAGACAGAACUCCAUCAUCUCCAGUCUGAAAAAAAGAAUCCAAGACCUGGAGGAUCGAGAGAGGAAUCUGUACGCAACUCAGGGUCGAAGUGAAAUAACUCUCCAGAGCCUCCAGAGAGACCUGAAAUACCACGAGGACAAGCAUCGAGAGUACGAGAAAAAAAUUUGUCAAUUGGAGCACCACAUGUCGGAGGAGAUCGAGAUGAAAGAACGUGCGCGCUUGAAUCUUCACGAUUUUGUUCGACGAUUGGCGCACGCACUCAACAGCGAAUUCUGCGACAGCACCCAUCACACACCGGAAAUGGUGAUUCACAAGGCUGAGGAGUUGGUUCAAGAGGUCAACAGGCUGCGUACGAAGACAACUAGUGUAGAAAGCCACUUGACAUCCGUUGAAGUGGAAACGAAAAGCCUCCGAGAUGCCCUAGAUCGAGCCAAUAUCGACAGAGAUCAAAUGCAACGCCAGAUAUCGAAUCUCAAUACCGAACUCGAUCGUCUUCGCCAGGACAAGGAGUGUCUUGAGAUGCAGUACAGAGUGACCGAGAGAGAGAAUAAUGAGCUCAGGGACAAAUUGGUGAAUGCUAACAGAAGUCUCACCAGUGCCACAGGAAAUGUUACCAACCAGGAAGCUAUUAUUUGUCAGCUACGAGAUGACUUGAAAAAUCGUGAGGAGAAGGCGGUGAGGGCCCAGAAUGAAAUGCGUCAUUUUCUCGAGUCCCUGACGAUUCUUUUGAGCACACCGGGUCGUUUUGUUGAGUCCCACGAUAGUGCCGUCAAGGACAGGAUACGGGAGAUUUUGGCUGACGGCAAGGAUCAGGCGAUGAGAAUCCAAAGUCUCAAAGAUAAAUUAAAUACCGCGACUGAUGCAGCGGGUCGACAGACGGAGCUGGUUGAUUCGAGCUUGAUAAAAAUGAGAAAUCUUGAGGAGGAUCGUGCUCUUCUGGAGACUAAAAUUCAUAAAUUGGAGUCAGAGCUCACCAGCUGCGAACUCACCAAAGAGUCACUGCGGAGGGACAAACAGAGCUUUCAAAUAUUUCUGGAUCGUCUGGGGAAGGCCAUGCAGAUGGAUGAAAUUUCCCAGGAGAUCGGUUUGGAGCUGCAGACAGAGGCUUUGCUCGUACGUGCUGAGCAAUUGGCUCGUUUAGAGACCGACAAACUCGUCGACAAGACAUCCGUUGUUUAUCAGCUGCAGCGUCGCGUGAGGACACUUCGAGAGCAAUUGCAGCGUCGAGACUUGCACCUGGACCUUUUGCGGAGGAAACUCUCAUUGCACGAGGAUGGCGUGAGAAUAAAGACCAUCCUCCAGGCCGAAAGGGAUGACGCCAAUCUCCGGGCUAAGAAAGCGGCGAAGCAAGUGGAGCGUUUGCAGAUCCAAUUGGCGGAAGAAAAGUCGCGAAAUCGAGAGCUCAGUACCCAACUGACCGAAGCCGCUGAUUACAAGAUAGCGGCAUUGGAGCGGAGCAGAAAGAUCGAGGAACUACAAAAGCGUCUGGUAGAGAGUGAAAUGUUGAGAACACGAUACACUAGAAAGUUCGGUUUACUCAAGGAUCAAAUGCGUACAACGACGGAGAGUGCUGAUCAGGAGAGAUCGAUAAAUGAUCACUCCUUGCAACUGCUGAGGGACGAAUUGGCGCAGGUCAAGCAGAAUUUGGCGGAGGUCACGAGGAGAGAGUCACAACUCCAGAGCUUUCGAGUUUCUGUCGCCAAAAUACUUAAUGAGCCCAUCUGUACACCCGAUUACGAGAUUAUCUCACGGCUGCAAAAAUUAGUGGCCGCCCACAGAGAUUUCACCAUGCUCUCCAGAAGAUAUGAUGAACCCCUGGAAACUAGUCCCUCGAGGUGCACAAGCAUUCAUCCCGUGCACUCGGUGCACCCUCCAAGAUCUCCAGGUUCUCGCUGCACUAGAUACGAUGACAGCGGAUAUGCAGAUCCACCAGAUCUCCGAGACGUAGAUGACGAGUACAAACGCCCAGUGCGAAGUAGCCUUCUGCCAUGACCUCGGGCAAAAUUCACGAUUUAAUUUAAAAAAAAUGUCGAUUAUUCACUUUCCCCCCAACAUAAUGUGUUCAAAUAAUAGUGCACUUAAUGGAAUCGGCCAUUAAGCCCCAAUGGCACAAUUAGUCCACCGUAAAGUGCUCGUUUAAGCCACGAGCAAACGAGUGACAUUUGCAUUACCAAUAAAUACCACAGUAAUGAAAAUAACUCAUUGUGAAUGAGAGACAAAAAGAUAAAAGAAGAUGGAGGAAAAUGACAGACAGAAAAUGGCGACACUGAAAAAUCAUUUUCUUUCGUUGUAAUUUUUGGAUUUAAACACGUAUGCAAUAUCACCUGAGGGGAAUGCUGGAUGUUGGAGGGAGAUGAGAGGAUUGGAAAAGAGGAACAUUGCGAGUGGUACAACCGCAUUCCGAUGGGCAGACGCUCACCAGCCUGAGAUCCACAGACGGCUAACACUCAUACAAUCGAGUGAAAAAAUCGGCGGAAGUCCAGGGGAAUAUGUGUACACGGGGAUAGAUACUCUUUUCAUUUGUGUGAAACCAGAGAGAGGACAAUUUAACGUGUCACUGUGUGGAUACACCAUGGAUUUUCACUUGAAAAAUCACAGCCGAUGGUUUAUUGCACACUGUGAUGUCUGAAAAAAAAAUCCCACGGCAUCGCUGUGUCCUCCUUACCUCCACUCGAAAAAAUAUGUAAUGCGGAGAUUAAUGAAAUAGUAUUAUUAGGCACUGCGAGGCCGACAGGAAGUAAAAACCGUAUUUUUAUUUUUGUUUUUUUUUGCCUCCGACUGAAAGAAAUUAUUUGUCAAAUUGGAAAUUUGAAAUUCGAAAUUUUUCGUUUUGUGAUGACUAGUUAUUUCUAGUGAUUAACUCAAAUAAUAUCGAUUUUCGCGAUCUAUUCGGACACAUUUGUUUAGUUUUUCAAAUUAAUCAAUUAGAAAUUAAUGAAUUGAUUAAUUAAUUAAUUCGGGCACUUCUCUUUCUGAUUAAUUAAGGGAGAAGCAACAAUACAGAGGAAAUAAAGUCGACAGCCCACUUAUUUUUUGUUUUUCACUCUUUUGAUAAUUAUUUUGUGGAAAUGUAGAAAUUACUAGAUUCAUCCGGAUUAGGGGAAAUUGGUGAUCGUAAAGUGGUGGAUUGUAAAGUUUUCGCUAUCAUCAGUUUACACUGCCAAUCGUUCUUGGGUUUUAGGAUUUGUUUAGAGAUAUCCAAGGAUUAGAUUAUUUCACCCUGUGGGACUUUGUGUUGACAUUCGGAAAAAAUCCCAAGGAAAUAUUAUAAUUUUUACACUUAAUGAAAUCCCAACAAAAAUUUUAAAAUUUUCAUUAACACUUGAUUGAAGCCGUUGAAGCCGUUGAAUUACGCUAAUGUGUAAUACUUGAUUUGUCUUCUCCGAAUAAUAUUACAUGUGUGAAUUCAGAGGAUUCGACUUUCUACAGUUUCAACAGUCGAAAGUUA